GUGGAUGAAAAUGGUGCCCUAGAGAAAAUAGAGUCUGACACAUCACAUGUGGGUCAGAACAUCUCCACAAAGGGUGUAGGUACCGAUGACAGGUUUGACAUCACCGCCACCUACAAACACGAAGAGGGAUCAAUGUUGGAGAGGAGGGUCUUUUCAAAAGCAAUCAUUAGACACUACUCCAACCUCCGAAAGAUCAGAGAGAGGGAGCUGCAGGAGAAGAAGGAGCGUGAGGAAGCCCUGUUGACGGGCGUAGGGGCCUCGGAGCCAGCAACAACGCCUGGAGAUGAGACUGUGAAUGGGGGUAGUGGAACGACACCUGUACAACCCGAUGGAACCACCACUCCACAACCAGGAGGGGAGGGAGGCGAGACCCCAGAGCCAGAACCAACACCGGGACCUGAGAUGCCGAAUGGGGGUGUUUUAACAACUGAAGAUGACGAGAUCUCUAUUAUUCCAGUAACCAUCCCUCCCCCUCCAAAAGUGUCUCUAAGGUUUGAACAGAUGUCAAAUCUCCUGAACAGUAAAGAUGUGAUCCUGAAUCUGGUGCUGAGCAGUGAGAGCAAAGCUGACCGGCCGCUGUUAAUCACCAUCAGCGUUCAGGCCAUGAUGUACACUGGACAUCCAGUGGGAGUCAUCCAGAAGGAGAAGAAGGAGGAGACGCUGAUGCCGGGAAAAGAUCUGACGAUCCCCAUCGUGGUCCCGUUCUCCGUUUACGCUAAACUCAUGCUGGACAGUGACAGCAUGAAGAUUUCAGCCCUGGUGAAGGACAAGGUGAACCCGGACCACCCGUACCUGAGGGAGCACAACGUUGUGCUGAGCGAUCCUCCGCUCGACAUCAAAGUCAGUACAUAA